AUGCCUGAUUCAGUUGAUGCUAUUAGUGUUAUCCAAGAACUUCAUGUAUGUCAUUUAGGAUCUGGAAUUAAUUUAGCUGCACCAGAUGUUAAUGAUGUCCCUGAAGCAGAGAUUCUUGUAUGCAAUGCAUCAGCUUCACCUAGCAACUGCAACUUAAAUUCAUCAGAACCUGAUGAAGCAGCUAAUGUGGAUCCACAUGAACAUGGAAGUCUGUAUCAGAGUUAUUUUGACAGUACCUCCAUUUUUGGUGCGCAAAGUACUCACACAGAUACUUUCGUUCAUCAACGUUUAGCUAUUCAACAGUAUGCGGGGACCGCAUGGGAUGAGUUGAAGCAUAUGAGACAACCAAUUGGAUUCUUGGUUGUACAUCAAAAGCCCAAGAAGACUUUGAAUGAAAUUACCAAUGAACUUCGUCCUAAUCAGCACCAUGUAUUGGGAUGA